ACACGUUGUGCAUGCAGCGAGGAUGACGUUCAAGCUUUUUGGUCUCGCGGUCGCUACGUACAGCGUGCUGUUGGCAUGUCAGACCUCAGCAACGAAGUCGGCAGGCAUGGAUUCUAUGGCCGCCAUGGACAAGCGCGCCCUGGCAGCAGCUGCAGUAGCUAACGCCAACGCCAAGAGAGCCAGCACGGAUAAGCCGCCUUACCCUGAUCCUUACCCACCCCAGAUCUCGCUGCCAAUCCUGAUCAACAUCAACACGGAUGAAGCUACGAACAACAAGCACGAGAUUGUUGGCACGCUCUACUGGGAUGACCAGUUGCUGGGCUACCAUCUCAACCAGGCAGCUACGCAGAUCGAUGGCAAGACUGUCGACAGUGUCGUGCCCAAGUGGGGUCAGUUUGACUAUAUCUACUACUCUCAAUACACGAUCAUGGGAUCAGGAUACAAGAUGAUUUGGAUCUUGAUGCACGACGAGACCGGUUCGCCCUAUGGCGAUGACUCGAGCGGCUACGACGUCGAAGAAUGGGUCCCCGCCGGUGCUCCGUCGAGCGCAGAGAUCAGCUUCAAGUACAUGCACUUCAACGUGACCCAGACGGUCCCCAUUGCUCAGCAUGUGCCUGCCCUUCCUGGCGCAUGAGCUCGAGAAGGAGCGCCUUGUGACUAUGUCCAUUGCAAUGACCAAUGUAUCUCUGCUUGCCUGUAGAUUGCAGUCGACCUGACCAUC